AUGGCAAGUCCAGAAACUGAUGCCCAAUUCCAUUUGACUCUUAUAAAAUAAUAUUUCAACCGAUAUCUCAAAGGUAGAAUGAAUUGUGUGCUGGCCAUAUACGGAGUCAUUGCUUUAGUGGUGUUAGACUUCAAGUUAAGGUCUUUAAAAACUCUAGCUGUGAAAGCACAUAAAAUAAUUCCAAACUGUACCUCAUCUGUUAAUUUCCCAUGCCUUCAUGCCUGGGCACGUUGA